CCGGCACACCGCGCGUCUGCAUUGACCGUUCCAGCCGAACACCGUCGAGCACAAUGCUGAAGCUGAUCGCUGCCAUCGCCCUGACGGGCGCGCUGGGCGCCGCCAUGCCCAUGGGCCUCAACGGCGACGAGGUGCAACAGGCGUUCCAGGGCAUGCUGGACCAGUCGGACGCCGACGGCGACGGUCGCCUCUCGCCGGCCGAGCUCGAGCCCAUCAUACGGGCCGGCGCGCCGCACCUCAGCGUCGCCGACGUGAGGCACACCAUCUCGCUCAUGGACGGCGAUGGCGACGGCUUCGUCAACCUGGCCGACUUCCGGCAGGCGGCCAACGAGCCGCCGCCGGCCGAGGUCGUGCCCAUCGCCUUCCGCGCCGAAGACACAGACGGCAACGGCCAGCUGACGCAGCAGCAGGCCCUGGAGGUGGCGCCGUCGCUGCUCAGUGGACACCGGCAGCUCGAGCACGUGCGCUACGUGCUGGAGGAUGCCGACACCGACAGCGACGGCAUGCUGGAGCAGGACGAGUUUACGUUCGCCGUCGUCGCACGCCAGAAAGAGGCGUGAAGACGCUGUAAGGCCGGCUGGACGGAGGCGACUGUGAUGCCGGUCACCCUAUGCCGACGGGACCGCACGCUAACGAUGUGAGGUGCGUGAUGUUAGCGCCAUAGGCCUCGACGCCGCUACUGUCAACCGAUGUGUCAUACGCAUGCUUCAUCCGUGCCAACAUCAUAUUUUGCCAAUAAAACCACGCGAACCGCUCUAAUGCCUGAACAACUUCUCUGCCGCCUCAACCAUCGUAAGCUUCACGACCAACAAGCAACUGACCUCGGGUUUUCUGCGAGACAGACAAAAACAACCACGCUAGCUGUCGUACAUCACUGGAGGCACAC